CAUUUCGGUUGAAUGUUGACAAUAUACCGAUCCACUGUGUCUAUGCCUUGCUUGCUCAACACAAUGCCAUGAGCUAGGAGACAGCAGGAUGGGUAAUAUCUCAUCCAUGGCCAGAGCCUCGACAGCUCUGGACUCUUAUGUUGCGGAACUGGGAAAUGAUAUUUCAUACGAGAAGAGUCUGUCAUCGUCCAGAUUUCUCAAGUCUAUCCUGGCUCGACAUGCGUACGGUCCGCUCGUGCUCAAAAUCUUCAUAAAGCCAGACGCGACCAUGUCAUUGAGGGUCAUUCAGCGUCGACUGAAAGCUGAACGAGAUGCUCUUGCCGACCUCGGAAGUGUCAAUACGUAUCAGGCAUUUGUGGAGACGGAGAAAGCUGGAUAUCUGAUACGUCAGUGGGUCGGAGCGAAAUUGUAUGACCGCGUCAGCACGCAGCCGUACCUCUCUCUGAUCGAAAAGAAGUGGAUCGCCUAUCAACUGUUGACUGCACUGCGAGACUCCCGGGCGAAGAAGGUCGCCCAUGGCGAUAUCAAGUCUGAAAACAUCCUCAUUCUGUCCGACUUGACGCUUUUGUUGACCGACUUUUCAUCAUCCUUUAAACCGACCUUCUUGCCGCUGGAUGACCCUUCCGACUUCUCAUUCUUCUUUGAUACGUCUUCUCGUCGGACAUGCUACGUUGCGCCGGAGAGGUUUUACGCUUCAGAUUCCAAGAGGGCGCAAGAGAAGAGAGCUGCAGCUACGGCCGUGACGGAUGAAUCGUGGGGGAAAAGAGAUGGCAAAGUCACAGAAGAGAUGGAUGUCUUCAGUGCUGGCUGUGUCAUUGCCGAAAUGUGGACGGAUGGAAGGACAGUGUUCAAUUUGAGCGAGCUGUUUGCCUACCGAGAUGGAUCCCUCGGGCUCGAUGGGAUCUUGGACAACAUUGAGGAUGCCAGCGUCAAAACUAUGAUCAGUCAGAUGUUGUCACUGGACCCGGCUGCCCGACCUUCGUUUGAUCACAUCCUCGCAACAUAUCGAGAGACCAUCUUUCCCGAGUACUUUUACACCUUUCUCAAGGAUUACGUCUCAUCCUUAUCCGAGCACACCGAGCAAUCGGAUCUUCCAUUUUUACAGAGGGUCUCCCCUCUCCCGGGGACAAAGAUUGACAGACUACUGGAGGAAUGGGAUUCCAUAUCAGUCUACUUGAACGGAGAACCCGAUGGUCCAGCUCUACUACUACUCAACUCGGUCACCUCGUCGAUUCGAAACUGUCUCUGGCCUUCAUCUCGCCUCCAUGGUCUACAACUAUUUCUCAACCUCCUACCAUUCAUCUCAGAUGAAGACAAGGUGGAUCGUAUCGUACCGUUUGUCGCAGACCUACUCACGGACGACGUGGCUAUCGUCAGAGCGGAGGCUUGUCGUACCAUGGGCAUCAUCGUCGAAUCUGUCACAUCUAUAACGCCUCACAACGCUACGUUUAUUCCAGAAUAUCUGUUGCCCCAGAUGCGGCACCUCGCGACAGAUCCAGAUGUCUUUGUUCGGGCUACAUGUGCAAGAGGGCUUGUUAGGAUUGCCGACGCGGCUGUUCGUAUGCUCGAGAUGAGCCAAGCUGCCAAGUCGACACGGCAGGAGGAAGUCGGCGUGGUGGAGCCCGACUACGACUCAAUGUUACACGAGAUCCAGUCGGUAGUUGAGGAACAAGCGACGACACUCCUAGUUGAUCCGACUUCCGCUGUCAAGCGCUCCAUGUUGUCAGACAUUGCCGGCCUGUGCCUUUUCUUUGGCCGUCAAAAAUCGUCAGAGACUGUCCUGAGCCACAUCAUGACCUAUCUGAACGAUCGGGAUUGGCUCUUGCGGCUGGCCUUCUUCGACGGCAUCGUGGGUGUGGGCGCAUUCAUUGGUAUCCGGGCUAUCGAGGAAUACGUACUCCCGUUGAUGCUCCAGGCGCUGGCUGAUCCGGAAGAGGCGGUUGUCGCUCGAGUCAUCACCGCUCUCACAAGUCUCUCGUCCUUGCGUCUCCUACCGAGGAUGCGGAUAUGGGACGUCUUCUUCAGCACCUAUGGCUUCCUGUGUCAUCCAAACAUCUGGAUUAGACAAGGGACCGCUGGUUUCAUUGCCUCCGCCUCCAAAAACCUGCCUUCUUCUGAUGUCUGGUGCAUUCUCUACCCUGCCCUGAGGACGCUGCUAGAAUCAGAUAUACUGGAGGUCGAUGAGGCGUCCAUCUUGUCCUCUGUGCUCGAGCCUCUUUCACGCGCAACACUAGUCGCUGCAAAGGCGGCUGCAUUGGCAGACUCACCUCGAGGGUUUUGGACGAUUAAAAACGAACCCAAUAUUAAGGCUGCUGUUGUCAGACUCGCCAGUGCUACGCUGCCUGAAGGGUUGAUCAAGGGUAUCUCAGCCAAGGAUGAAACCAAAGUGGUUGCGAUGAAAGAAUUCAUCAUCAAACAAGCACAUGCUACUCGAGCUCGCGAGAUGACCGGAGAGAUUGCGGAAAAUGUCCUGUCCUCGGGCAAAUCCGUGUCCCUCACAGAUCUCGGUGUCACUCCUCAGACCAUUUUCAUCAGUCCUCGGACGGUGCGUGUCGACGCCAAGAGCGAUCUAAAACGGUUACGGCCCUUUCUCGCCGAAUCUUCCAGCCGUCGGACGUCAUUCACGAAUCGCAGCGCCAAAGAAAAUCCCAUCGAUGAGAUACGGAAGCGUUUGGCUUUCAUGGAGACGGCUGUGCCUGCCGAGGCGAUUGUCGAGAGCACAGAGAGUCCUUCGGAGUCGGGGCUGUCUUCAACGAUUGAUGUGAAACCCGGCAGCAGGAAGCGGCUCGACUCAAAAGCUCUGCCUGCCAUCGGAGCGUCCCAUACUACUGUUACGGGCCUGACAUCGAUCCAUGAUGACGCGAUGUCAGGCAGAGCUACUCCAAUGGCGGACAAUCCCACAUACGCAAGCUCGUAUGAAGGCCCCGAUCCGGGAUUGCGCGCGUUCCUCGAGCAGGUGGAUCUGGAAAACUACAGAGAGCCUCUACUGGAUUUCGGGCCAAAAGUGUCGGCGAAUCAACGCAAGCGUGCGCCUCGGCCCAAAUCAACAUCUGCUACCCCAGGCGUGACCAUGAUUGGACAUCUCACACAGCACACUGGUCCCAUCACUGCCAUCGUCACGCCGCCAGAUCACCUGUUUUUCGCCACUGCAUCUGAGGAUGGUCAAAUCCUGAUAUGGGAUUCUGCUCGAUUGGAACGCAUGGUCGCGACACGGGCAAGGCUGGCGUACAGUCUGGGGUCGCCAGUCACAUGCAUGUGCCGCAUCGAUGCGACGCAUUGUCUAGCUGCCGCAUCUCAGGACGGGCAGCUGCAGAUCCUUCGGGUGCACGUGGCUAACCCUAGCAGAGGAUCUGGGACUGCAAAGUACGCCAAAGUGGAGAGUGUAAAGAGCUGGAGGGCCCCAGUCGGGCAUGUCAUUUUCGUGCAUCAUAGAGAUUCUGCGCUCUUGGUGGUCACUUCGACCUCCUUGAUCGGCUUCCUGGAUAUCCGGGCCAUGGACUUGAUCCGGAAAUUCCAACACCCACUGGAGUUUGGCGCAAUUACGACGGUCUGCCCUUCCACGCACUGGAUUAUCGUCGGGACUGACCUCGGCAUCCUUUCACUCUGGGAUCUUCGUUUCGGUCUCCUGCUGAAAUCUUGGCGUGCGAGUGGACCGAUCACAGCAUGCCAUAUACACCCCGCCCGAGGUCGCGGGCGUUGGGUCAUGGUCUCCACGACCAGAGCUAGUCCUAUUGUGGAAGUGUACGAUAUCGAGUCCGCUAAGCUUGUCGAAAUGUUCGAGUUGAGCCGUCCUUCGAGCAAGAUGCCAUCGACGGAUGUCCCGUCUCGAUCGGAAUUGGUCGCUGAAAUGGCCAAGCAGGAAGCUAAGGCGGCAACUGAGGGAGAUGAGGCCUUGCCGGCAGUCCUCUCAUUACUGCCUGGACAUGGUGCGGCGACGUCAGCCGCUGGCGACGAUAGCGACUCUACGACUGGUUGGGUCGUUACGGCAGAUGAAGACCGAGCGAUUCGAUUAUGGGAUGUGGUCAAAGCCUCAGACAGCUUUGUCAUCUGUGGGUCACCAAAAGAGCUCGAUGUGGUUUUCAAGCAGACCUCAACUCAGCCUUUGGAGCUGUACACCGUUCCAUCAAAUCAACGUCAGGGAUCUGAGCGACAGAGCAACUCGGCUAGAGGUCAACAACCGUUGAGGCCGCAUUACGACGCCAUUUGCGCGCUAGCAAGCGUUGAGACUCCGUUCUCGAGCUGUAUCAUCAGCGGAGAUCGAAGUGGAGUGAUCAAAGUGUGGAGAAUGGAAGGCAAGCGAUGAUUGAUAUACCCUGCAUGAGUUGUAUAAUCACCACCAUUGACAUCCAUCAUCAUAAAUCAGCAUGGUUCAUCCAACAUGU